AUUUUUUAAAAUAUCAGACUAUUCGUGAUACUAAUGGCGCCUUGAAGGUGGUGAAUAGAAACAACAUGGCGUCUUUGAGUAUGCUCAGAACGAUGCGCAUAACAAGCUUCCUGCUGCCUCUGCUGCUGUCAUUGGCUGGGGGCGCGGAGGGGCGCGAGGAUUCGGCCAAUCAUCUGCUUCUGUUUGACUCACUUCCGGGGGGAAUCCCCAGCCACAAACCUGUUGCUCUCGACGUCAGAACCAACUUUAGCGGUUCUGUCCAGCUGGUGGAAUCCCGUGACUUUCGAGUGGUUGUCAACAUCACUGCUCCAAGUUUGCAACAAGCCUACGAUGUCAAAGCCGAGCUUUUCUCGCUCAGGGGCGGCAUUGUGCUGCAGAUUAAAGAAGAGAAGGCAGUCGCCGGCAUCUUUAACUUGACGUGGCUCGUCGUUGCUGCCAUCGCUCUCACCAUCAUCGUCGGCAUCUUCACUUUGGCCAAGUCAAUACAAUGGUACAAGUUGGAAUGCAAACAGUCCGACUUCCCAGAACACAAAAGUUUUGCAAGUUCCUCCCAGCAAGGCACGGUCUACAGGUCGCGGAACAGCAUCCAGAUGGUGCAUCUUCCUCCGGAGGGCGAGGGAGGUAUGCGCGGCGACGAAGACUUUCAGCGAAAUCUGAGAUGUGACGAGGAACUGCGGCAGGUCACAGAGAUGCCAGAAGAGGAGGAGGCUGAGGAGCGGGAAUUGGAACAACUCCAAAAGAAGCUUCAGGGAGAGGCAGACAUUCCCGCAGAAACAGAAGACAGCGACCCUCAGGAGAGAAAUCUCAUCCAGAGCAAAUUUAAUUCUCAGGCCAAAACGGUCCACAAAGAUAUGAUCCGAAAAUCUGGGGGCGGCAGGAAAGCCCCUCCGUCACGGCGCACGCAGAACGGUAUGUACACAGGCGUGCCAACGGAGCAAGAGGAGGGCUCAGAAGACGACACUGAUGACAUCAUUGGCAGCAAGGAAAGAUUUCUCUCCGACAGUUCGGAUAGCCGUGCAGCUUCUGUCGUUGACCUACAGGUGAACUUUGAGGGCAGGAGAGGCACUGACGGGUCCAUGAGUACUUUUGGGAAGGGCACGGAGAAAGUGUCGAAUCUGAAAAAUUCCGACACAGAACCGGCUUACGCUAAUGAUCCUUCGGAGACAGACCCCAUGAUGCUUGUGUUGGCUGAUGUUCACAAGACCAACUCUUCCAAGGGAGACAAACAGGGGAUGGGACCCGCAGCGGGCAGGCCGGGGAAUCUCUACAUGAAGCCGUCGGAGCUAAAGCCCGUUGUGAUGUCCACGUUUGGCAUGGACACAUCCACACCCAAGAAAGGCGUGGCGUCGCGAGACAGUGGCAACGGCACUUCAUCUGGCAACGAAACAGCAGAGGAACUUUUUCAAAAUGUUGCGCAAAAGUAUCAGCUGGACGGUUCAUGGUUUGCGCAGACUUUUGCCUCGAUGGGGGACAUCCCCGAAGACCCUCGGGAAGAUCAGCAGAGUGUCGUCAGUGGGAGCGCAAAGUCCACGUCGAUGUACGGCAGCAGCGAGAUCUUUGACGCGGGGGAUGAUGGCAACACGUACUACAACCUCGACUCGGAUAUCGAUAUACCCCCUCUGGACGGGGAGGAUGUGUUUUCUGACGGGGGACUCCCCAGCCCCCUGGGCUUCCCCAUGAACCGCCCGGGGGAGAAAGGGAGAGUCAACGACGACAUCAAGCUUAUCCCUGGAGCGCUGAAAUCUCCGGGCCCGAACACGCCUCGCAUGCUGAGUACGGUGAAACCUCGGCCCAACAGCAGCAUCAUACUAGGAGGAGGUGACAGAAACAAGACCGGAGGGGACACGGGCUCGCAAGUGGCGUCGGGCUCACAGGCGGCUGUGAUGCAAACGGAUAUUUCCCCUCCCCUCCCGCCACCACCAGAACAAGACAGGGGGCUGUCGGACACCGUAUUUGAGUUCCCCCCACCCCCCAACUUCUACAAGCCCCCACCGCACAUGGUGGCGAGAAAGCAGAGAGAGGGGGAGCAGACAGGUGGUGCUGGGGGGCCGAACAGAGGGAGCGGGGAGUACGUGCAGAUUCAGCGGCCGGGGAACAAGAGUGAAGGGUCUAGUCAAGAGACAAGUGGACAGAGGAGAGGAGGAAAACCAGGAACAAAGCUGGCUCCUACCUACAUGAACUUGACCUUGCUGUCGACCCUGUGCGUGCUCACUCUCGCCUCUGGCGUGUACAGCGCUAUGUCUGCCAGCGAGACCAAGGUCGAGGUCACCAUGUUCAUCCCCAAACAUUUCUUCACCAACAACACCAGAGUGUUCUUCAACUUCGAGAAAGACACGGAGGCCAUGAACACGGAGGAUGUUCUUGUCUAUGGAAUGUAUGGAGGCCAAGUUCAAGUGUAAUUCUGCCGCAGGAUGUUACAACCGCAAAGGCUCGUAUGAUUGUAUUUGUGGUGAGGAUUUCUACAGCUUUGGCAAAACCUGCAGAGAAUGCUCCGAACCGUGCCCCGAGAACCACUACGAGGUGUGGCCUUGCACCAAGGAAAAGCCGAAAGCUUGUGAAGCGUGCUCCUUGAUCUGUCGACCCGGCUACUAUAUGGCCCGUGCCUGCUCAGCAAACAAAAAAGAUCUGUGUCGAGUGUGUCGAAGUCCGUGCGAGCCGUGGGAGUUCGAGUCUCGCCAGUGUACCAACCUCCACGACAGAGAGUGUACCAACUCGACGGAGCUGCCGGCCCCGAAGACUUCGAAGAACGUGAUCCUGGAGGACCGGGGUCGAGUCCGUGACGAUGUGGCUCAGCUAGACAAGCUGCCGGCGCAUUAUGUCGGGUUCAGUCGGUACAAGCUCUACCGAGGAACUGGUCUGUACGUCUCGGUGACCGUGUACUUCAUGGACGCCGCCCAGCAGUUCCUGCCCGUCAACGUGACCCAGCCCUUCAACCUUGACCUUGUGGCACCGGCCGUACUCAAGUCGUACCCAGUCCAGCGCUACUGUCCGACACCCAUACCGGACUACUACAUUUUGAGAUACCGAAAGCAUGAGGGUAUCACAUACAAACAAAACGAGAACGGCUCGCUGGAGGCGUGUGAGACGCACAAACAGUUCGGUGACUUUCUCCCGUCACCGCCCAACAGGGGUCAGUCCUUCCUGUGCUCUCAGCCGGGGUCACUGUCCGAGACGUUCAAGGUCAACGAAGAUUUCUUCCUCGCCCGGACAAAGUGGGUGGACAAAAGCCGGAGGUGCCAGAGACACAGCCGGACGUGCGAACAGUGCACCAGGAAGUGUGGCACGGACAUGCUCUCUGGCGACCCGGCCUGCUCCGUAGCUGCCGAGGCAGACAGCGACAACGACAACGGGUACUCGCCUAGACUCAGGACUUGCUACAACUGCUGUGUGAAGAGGAACUGCUCGGAAACCUGCAAGGAUUAUCACAAGCGUAGAUGUCAGCCAGAGCAAUGCUCCAAGGGGAACCUGCUGGAGUACACGAUGGAGCCCUCGUGGGACAGCAGCCAGAAUGGCGGCUUCUUCUGCCACAUCACGCCGUUGCCACGGCAACAGCUGCUGGAGCUGGAGUACACCGUGGCUCACGUCGACCUCGACUCUCCGCUACACACGGGCAAGGUCAAGGUCAUGGGGAACCAGCAGUGGGAGGAGACUGGAGUUUUGGAGACGAGUGACGGGGUUAUCUCUGUAGUGGUCAACUCCAGCUUGGGGAAGCUGCCGGACUUCCUGGAAGGGGGUACGACCCAGGAGAGCUCCGUGUUCAAGGUGGGCAGCUACAAGUCUCACGGCGCGCACCUCGGUGCCUCGGCAAUACGCAUGGACUACGCCUUCAUCCGGCCACCCACACUGAAGGGAGUACCGCCCAUGCCGCAGUCUCACCAAGAGUGCAGCAACCCUGGCCUACAGGACAUGAUACUAGCGUCAAACAUGGAGAACCCAUACAUCCGCAACUCAGAGCUGGAGGCUCAUGCUAUCAACUACACCACUCCCUUCCGGAUGUUGAACAAGCGAAAAGAGCCUGUGGUGCUGGCCAAGCUGCUCAAAGAGACGUCUAUCCUAGGACAGAUGUUCCCUGCAGCCACGCUCGUCCCCGGCACUUUCUCGGGGAGUCUCACUCAGACCGGUGGUCAGUGGGUUGUCCAUGUGACUGGCAGAGUUCAAAGUUGCCCAGGUUACCUUCACGUCCAGCUAAAGGACCCGGGCUACAGCUCGCGGUCACUGUUUGACUGCGACACCGUCGUACGGUGCCCCAACGAGUUCUCCUUGACCUUCCAGCUGCCCACCUCGGACAAAGAGGGCAUGUUCAAGGACGUGAUCGUGUCGCUGGGCGACAAACACGGCGUACACAACCAUCGCGUGUUCCGGAGGUCCAAGCUGGAGGCACAGCUCGGGGCAGCCGCACAGGACCCACCUGUUGAGGCCCCAGAGGAACAGCUUCCUGUGCCGUACGCGAUGACGGAGAAGGACCGGCCGGAGGGGUCUGGACCUCGGGCGACCCCUGACCUUCCCAUAGCCUUCCCAGUCCUACUGGGGAUUGCAGGGACGAUCAUUCUACUGCUGGUCCUGGCUAUUCUAGGGUUUUGUUUCCAACCAGGACUACCGGAGACGCUGUAUGCCAACUGGUACCACCCAUUGUUCGCCAUGGGCUACAUGAUGAUGCAGUUUCUCUACAGCUUGGUCGUGACUGGCACCGUCUUCUUCCUCAUCCUUUCUGUGAUCACCAGCGAACAUGUCAACUUUGUGCUGCAGUACGGCCAGCAGGGGGCGGUUAGUACCGCGUCCAGCCACAUCGAGCUGCUUCAGUUACAGCGCCACCUAGAGGGGGAGAUCGCGCGGCAGGACGCACACUUGGACACCGUGCAGGAGGAGUGUCUGGCCGAUGUGGAGCUCAUCAUAGCCGACCUCCGGAAGUUACACUCGGACCUUCUGAACUCCACUGAGGACGUAUUUCACCGGUACCGUCUGGAGCUACUGCUUGAUCAGCAGAAACUGCAUGUGCGGGAACGACUCACACGAGAUUUGGAAACCUUCAGACAAAACUACGCCACGGCGGCCCAGGCAGUGCUGCGACAGGUCAACCAGAACGCUCUGGCCUCGUUCCAGAACGUGGAGCACAACAACACAUGGCUGGAUGGGGUUCGCUUCCUGCACGGGGCCGUCAUGCUGCUCCGCAAGGCUCACGAUAAGGAGCAGAAAAGCUUCAUGGACUGGACUCACAUCAAAGCGGACCUAGCCAAACUAGAAAUCGAUCUCUCGUUCUCCCUGCCUGCCCUGCCUCGACUUGACGAUAUUCCAGUUGCUCCUCCUGAUUCACCGGCAAUUCACCGAAUGUCGGACCCUAAUAAAGACCCGGAGAAGGAGCCAAUCAGAACAAUUCAAAUGCACAACAAUUGGUUCUUCCCACUGCAAGAAUCGGGAAUUGGAGGCGCGUCUUUGUUUCAGAGUGUUCGCAGCAAGGGCUCGGAGGGAAGCUCACAGGAGACGUCACUCGCCUUCUAUAUCUUCCUGGGCUUGUUCAUCGCCUGCGACCUUGUUCUUCUGGCACACAGAAUGUUCAAGGCUUGGACAACGGCAAACCUCAUCAUCUUUGGGUUUCCAGAGUAUUUCAGGGAGCGCAAAGAGGAGGAUAUGGCAGAUGAUGCUGUGUUUGAGUCGAAAGAAUCGAAGACAAGGUUGGGGGCGGGGCCGAGUUGGAGGGAAAAUCCAAACUUCCAAGCGAUCAAAACCUUUGUCAUGCAGACCAUCUCGGCCACACUUUUCCCCAAGAUGGUGUUUGCGGUGGCUGCGUGUGUGGUCUCCGUCUGUCUGCUGCAGCUUGGAAAUCGUUACCUCACAGUGAAGGAGUUGGGCCGGGUCGGCUUUUACCACAGUGCAGACGAGUACGUAGACCUACAGGCCCUGAUGACCAACGCCCGCAUCCAGACUCAUGCAGACUACAUCAACACAGUGGACUUCCCAGCAUUCCAAGCGACGGUGAGCGGCCACGCCGCACGCCACUGGACCAUCCUUGACCUUUACCACAAACACCUGUUGGGGCUACAGAAACUGAGCAUGGACAUGUACUGCCAACACCUGAAAGCUAUUGGGCUGGCAGGAAAUUGCUCAGAUCAGACGCACAAAGGAAAGGACAGCGACCACUCGUGGAAGAAGAUGGAUGCCGUGUCGCACGCGUGUAAAUUCUACCCCGUGGUUCCGAGGCUGUUUACACGACUGGGAGAGGACAAGCGCCCCGUGUCGGAGGUGCAGGUGGAGGCGCUGUUGGAGAGCCUGCGAUUCAUCAUCUACUACAGCUGCCAGCUGCUGGUCAUCUAUCUCACCGUGGUGCUGCUCAAAGAGCUGGCCUGUGCUGUCGUCUGGAUCUUCCUGCAGAGGUCUGGUGUUAUUCGGCUGAGGAUUAUCGUGGAGCAGGACCAAGACGCCUCACUGCAGUGAACCAUCUGGUCUGGAUCUCACUUCCAGGAAAUUCGUUAUCGUCAGUUUCCUGUUUUCGCCAAUUUGAUAUUGGUUGGAUUAAUUCUGUGAAUCACCACGUCUGAUGUGACAGUGAUAGUGGUUGAACAGACCUCAGAUAAAAGGUCAAUAGGUCAAACGGUCUCGUCUCUGUGAGGAGUUGUCUGUGACCGGAGAAGAGGAGGCCUGUGCUGGUGCGAUGCUUUCUUUUGCUGGAUGACAUGGAAGUGAAUGUCGCAGACUUUGUGACAAUCAAGGUUCACUUUCACUUUCAUGUGGAGUACUGUGAGUUUGAACCAGAUGCCAGAAUCUCAUGGGAACCACUGGACUUUGAAAACUUCCUAGUAGUGUCAAGUUCGCUUUUGUGAUGGAAUUACUUGUGCUUACACUUCAGAGAUGUCCGUCUUGCUGAGAGAACGUUCUGUGAAGAUACAUAAUGUAAUAUUAUAUAUAAUAGACUGUGUAUAUAUAUAUCAGAACCCUGUUUUUUCAGAAUGAGUAUCUCCGUACUGAAAGGUCCACAGUAUUUUGAGAGAACUGAAAUUUUCUGUGAAUUACGGUGAACAUUUCCUGUAGGACAUAUCGUGUGGCCACUCUUGAGCUAGCGGUACUUGGACAUUUUGACGGAGAAAGUGAUUCAGGCUUGGACCGAUGUGUUGUUACAACUUUAUAUUCCUGUAUGUGUGAAGUGUGUCUGUGUAAGAAAGGGAAAUGUUUCCUCUAUUUCGUUACCCUAGAAUUACAAAGUUCUAUCUUCUCAGUACUUAGUUUUGAGAAAUUUGACGUAAAAGAUUUUGGGUUUUACAUCAUGUCAAGCUUUUUCGAAUGCAAUUCCUUGAAUGUCUU